AUGUCGCUUCUAUCAAUAUUAAGUUCUGGAUAUUCCAAUACAGUUUCUAUUAUACCAAUAUUGCUGGUAGUAUACGUAUUGCACUUUUACUACAACUACUUUACACGUCCGAAUCCAUUACCAGGUCCCAUACCAAUUCCUAUUGUUGGAACUUACCAUGUAGUAGGAACAACUCCUUAUAACUGGUAUAUUAAAAAUACUGAAAAGGUUGGCACAAUCUGGGAAUUCUAUGUUGGGAAUAAGCGACAAAUAGUG